AUGAACAUUGAAGAUGCAAUCAUGAUACAUGGAAAGUCUAUCUGUAAGAAUCAAGCAGAAGAAAUUCACGUUACAGCCAUUGAUCCUGAAGUUUCAUUAGCAAAAAAGCGUAACUCUAUUAAGCGCGCUCAAGUACGCAUGAGAAAACAUAUUCAAAAUUUAGUGGAUGAAGUGCAUAAAAAACCUGCAUUGUGGUUGACUAAGACUUUUGACAUAAUUGUGUUACCUAGAUUUAAUAUCACACAGAUGUCUCGUAGGCAAAAAGAAAUUAACAGUAAAACAUUUCGAAAGAUGAUGAGCUGGACGCAUGCUAAGUUUAGGAAUUGA